UAUAUACAAUUACUGCAACUCUCGGAAUUCGAAUUCGCCAAUAUCAGGCAAUGUAAGGUACAGAUAACGCGAAUUAUAUAUUACUGCGGCAUGCACUCCCAUACGUCAGCAGUACAUAACGGAUUAGCCGACUACCUCUACGAAACGACAGCCCAACAAUGUGCGAGAAUACACCAGGAUGGCACGUUUUCUCUUGGACCAGAAAAUUACAUAAUAGGCUUGAGGGAUAACACCACAACUACACGAUCACUUGUUCUAGCUGGGAAGCUGACAAACGAUGGCAGCUGCCAAGGAACACGGUAUUCGGAUCCUUACGGAAGUUGGGAAGGAGUUGUCGUACAAGCCACAGUAAAGAUAAGCCUCAGAUCAGGAAUAGCCCCGGUACGAAUUGAGGCGAACAAAAUCCUGCUAAAAUCAGGAACAGUUUGCGCGUUCAAUGAAGGAACCUGUUUGGACGCAGAAGACGGAUAUACUUAUUGGCAGCCAUACCCACCCUCUCCAUGCAAAUUCGAUCAAUAUGAUGUGUUAUACGAAGGAAUUGCUACUAAAAUCCAAGAAAUAAAAAACAAUAGAUAUUCAUCGCUACCAGUUUAUGCCUUGACGACUCAAGAAAUAACCUUUGCGUUAACCAAAACCGGAGAACAGCCUUUAUGUGGCUAUACCUUGUUAACCACAGAACAUCCUAAACUGUUCCUGGUAGAAACAACUAAAGGAAACGCCUUCUUAUCGGAACGCAAAACAGCUACCGAAAACUUAGACAUAUUUACAUACAUUAACUCUAAAUUCGUUUACGUGGAAAAAUAUAUUAGGAAACAAAUAACCUCUCUCUACCAAGAUAUACUAACACAAAGAUGCACCGCAGAAAAGAAAAUGAUAGAAAACGCCUUAAGUCUCGCGACCAUCCUACCCGACGAAUUCGCUUACAUAAUAACUAAAGCACCAGGACACAUGGCCCUGGUCGCAGGAGAGGUAAUACACAUAGUUAAAUGCAUCCCUGUCCAAGUGAAGGUGCGCCACACAACGGAAUGCUAUAUGGAAUUACCCGUUUGGCAAGGAAACAACACAGCAUAUUUAACACCCAAAACUCGCAUUCUAACUAAACACGGAAACCACAGAGAAUGUAGCGCGAUACUACCAACGCUAUACAAUAUCGAUGGAAUUUGGCACAAAUUCACACCGAAACCGACGGAAGCAAUUACGCCGCAAGAGCUCCGUCCAAACACACACCAAAUGUGGCAGUAUACCGCGCCGUCGACACUAGCCACAAGUGGGAUAUACACCCAAAAUGACCUAGAUACACUUAGAGAUCACGUUAUGUUCCCAGCGGAAAAGACCGCAGUCUUAAAUACAAUAGCUAGAGGAGCGGCAGGAAAACCAAUUGUACCAGGAACAAUAAACAUACUGGGAGUUAUGGAUGAAACUGCGCUAACGACAAUAGCAAAAAAUACAGCUUCAAGGUUAUGGAACGGCCUGAUUGAAUUCGGAACAAUUAGCGCGGCAAUACUCGGAAUCUUCAUAAUAUUAAAACUAAUCAAAACGAUAAUAGACACCAUUAUAUAUGGAUACCAAUUACGCGAGACAUACGGGUGCGGGAUCGCCCUACUCGGAGCUAUGUGUGGCUCGGUUACUCAUCUACUACUGUAUAUUAAAGGAAAACAUAACACUGUAGACCAGGCAACCGAACCACAAGGAAUAUCAAUCACGACGACCAGUAGAAUAGAUCAACAACCGACAGCUUCUACGUCCUCUCUGAUUGAACUCAGGGAGACGAUCAGUCAAAUUUCCUCUGGAAAUUUGAACACCAAGAGGGGGGGUGUCACGUCCCGCGCUCCGCACGUGCCGUAA